AUGCCAAAGCCCAUCGAGGGUCUUGAGGCUCGCAAAGAAGACCUCCGAAAGUGGAUCUGCGAGGAUGACAUGACCAUCAAACAAGCCAUCGAGAAGCUCAAGACUGAACACAAUGUAGUCUGCCAGAAGCGCACACUCGAGCGCAACCUCCGCCUCUGGGACAUUUCCAGACGCAAGAAGCUUAACAAGGAGGCUCUCCAACAAGAACUGACGAGACUUUUUCGUGGUCCCCGACUGACAGACGAAACCAUUGCUAAAAUCCUGACUGACGCUGGCCAUGUCAUCAACCAGCGUACCGUCAUGGAGACCAGGAAGAAGUUGGGCCUGCACAAGCGCAUUCGUCCAGAAACCAACGAGCAAGACUUGCAAAACACCAUCAAAGAAUUGCUUGUCGACGAGUACAAGAAUGAUCAAGUACUCAAAAUGCAUCGCGGCGAGCUGUACACAUAUCUGCGCGAAAAGUAUCCACACCUCAACAUUGUCGGAAGGGAUCGCGUUUACAACAUUGCACGUGAAAUGAACCCCCAGUUGAGACGACGCUAUGCCAAGGGUCACCCUCUGUAUCAAAAUCGUCCUUACAAACUGUCCGGCAAAAGACUGGCCGCAAAACUCGCCAAAGAUGUUGCCGCUGCAGAAAUCGACCCUCCAAUUGACCAACCCCACGACUCGUCUGCGCCACCCAAGGAGCACUGUGAUUCUCCACCCACUCACACCUAUCAGCUUCCUCAACCUCAUGAUGCUACCUCUGAUGAUCCUAUCGUUGGUCAAGACCAUCAACCCGCCCCUGCACACCCACCUCCUGCUACCACCCACCAAACUUUGCAUCCGACCCUCAGACUCGAGUCGCUUGAGAAGGAAAACGAUGCCUUACACCAGAGACUGCAGCAGCAAGAUGCAGAAAUCCAAUACAUGCGUCAAGCAUACCAUGACCUUGUGCAGAAACUUGGCUCAGGUCCUGCCGCCAAUCCCUUCCCAUCUUGA